AUGUCUUCCUCGUUUGACCCUUAUAACGUGAAUCUGAGCACAGCCAACUUCGCUGAAGUGGUCUGCUGGGUCCAGAACUCGGGAAAUGAGUACGAUGGCAUGCUUGGUGCUCGCAUUUCUUCCAUUUUUGUUAUAUUUGCCAUCUCGACAGCGGUCACCUUCUUCCCUGUGAUCGCGAAACGGGUCCCGCGCCUGAAGAUUCCGCUCUAUGUCUAUCUGUUUGCUCGUUACUUCGGUACAGGUGUGAUCAUCGCCACCGCAUUUGUUCACUUGUUGGACCCUGCCUACGCAGAGAUCGGUCCCAACAGCUGUGUUGGAUUGACGGGCAACUGGGUCCAGUACUCUUGGCCCCCUGCCAUUGCAUUGACGUCGACGAUCGUUGUGUUCCUCAUGGACUUUGGCGCAGAGUUAUAUGUUGAGUCAAAGUAUGGGAUCACGAAAGAGCCGACCAUUGAUAUUGUGCAAGAGACACACGAACACCAACCCUCUGAGGAAGUCCCAACUACGUCGGUCGAGACGAAGCAGGACUCGGCAUGGGACACUCAAGACUUUGCGGACUCUGCGGCAGCGGAGAGAUCGUUCCGCCAACAGAUCGCCGCCCUCCUCAUUCUUGAAUUUGGUGUUAUCUUCCAUUCGGUGAUCAUCGGCCUGAAUCUUGGUGUCGUCGGCAGCGAGUUCACGACUUUGUACCCCGUGCUUGUGUUCCACCAGAGCUUCGAAGGAUUGGGAAUUGGCGCCAGAAUGUCCGCCAUUCCUUUCAAGCGCAACAGCUGGCUUCCUUGGAUCCUCUGCAUGUUGUACGGUUUGACCACGCCCAUUUCCAUUGCAAUUGGACUCGGCCUGCGAACAACAUAUAAUCCCAAUUCGAAUACCGCGAACAUUGUGUCUGGACUCCUCGACUCGAUCUCUGCCGGUAUCCUGAUCUACACCGGCCUUGUUGAACUUCUGGCUCGGGACUUCCUGUUUGAUCCCUGCCGCACGAACAACAAGAAACGCUUGGCAUUUAUGACUGUAUGCACAGUGGCUGGCGCUGGUGUCAUGGCACUGAUCGGCAAAUGGGCAUAG